AUAUUCGCAGCCAAAACAGAGCUGUUCCUUGCAUCUCCAGUCUCAACAAACACAUACGAACAUCUCUCCACCGAAAAUGGCUGCCGAUUAUGCAUUCACCCACGAUGACUUAGCCAUUGACGAGUGUCUCGGUCACCCAAGGGCUUAUGCGAAGAUCUGCCGAGACCGCAGCGCUGGCCCCUACACUCUUGGCCCUCCAUUCACUUACACUCCUUAUGCUUUUCAGCAAAAUGAGAGUUUGAGAGCAAAGGAACUAGAACAGUUAUUCCCAAUUAUUGACCCAAAAGCAAAACCAACAGCCAAACCAAAGAUUUUUGCCAGUCUCCUCUGGAAGCAGCUCAAUCACUUAGGGAAUGCUGGCUUUGAUCCCACUGUUAUUCGAGUAGACCCAUAUGGCAAUGUUUUGUACUAUCAUGCAGAUAUCUCUUCACCACUCUCUUGGGACAUUGAUCACUGGUUUCCUUCCUCAAGGGGAGGAUUGACUGUUCCAAGCAACUUGAGGAUAUUACAGUGGCAAGUGUGCAGGAGAAAGCACAAGAAGCUAGAAUUUCAAGUUCCAUGGUGGGAUCUUCAAUUGGGCAUUUCUGUUAACCAGUUCUUGUCAAUUUUUGCUUCUUCAAACUCUGAUUUCAGGCACAGGGCCUUUUCCUUCUUGUUUGCAGAUGGUGAAAAUGAAGAAAUAAAUCCUUCACAAACAGUGGAGUCACAUUCUUUCCCACGGCAUUUUGUGGAAUCAAAGCAACAAUUAGGCCUUGCUCCAGCUGCCAUUGUUGUAACUCGUAGGGAACCAUUUGAUUCUUCAUCAGCCUUGAAAUCACUAGAUUACAAUAGGCAGAUAAGGCCACAUUCUCCUGGAAUUGCUCCAAGGAAAGUGAGAACUAGUGCUUCAAAAGAAAAUGAAAAUCCAGAUUUUGUUAGGAACCCAUAUCAAGCCAUUGCAAGGGCUAGAGAUUCCCUUAAACAAAGAGAAGAAGCUCAGGGGAAGCAAGCAUUGAUCCAGAAAUUGGAUGAAGAAUUGAAUGAAAUGAGAAGGAAAAAUGAUGAAGAAAAGCUGGCUAUACAAGAUUUGGAAGUGGAGCUGAUCACGCGUAGGAGGCGGGCAGAAAACUGCAGGCGGCUAGCAGAGGCACAAUCUUCAUACAGAACUACGCUAGAAAAGAUGAUUCGGGAUGCAAUGCACCAGAGUGUGAUUUAUAAGGAGCAGGUGAGGCUGAACCAGGGUGCAAACAGUGCUCUCAUGGCUAGACUUGAAGCACAGAAGGAAAUUUGCGAUGCCUCAGAGAAAGAAGCCCACAAGAAAUUCAAACAGCUGGACGAGCUUGAGAAAGAGAUAAUACCGGAUUGGGAAGAAGGAAGGAAGAGAUCAAGGAUGGAUGAUACUUUAUUUGAAGGAAGAGAUAGAAGAAAUGUUGUUUAUCUACCAGGAAUCAGGACUAGGACACAUUUACACAAGGAGCCGAGAGCUUUUCUUGAUGAAGAACAGAAAGCAGCUAAAGCUGGUUUAUCAUUGAAUGAAGGUCUAAAACAUGAAGAGCAACUGCAACAUCCUGCAAGAAGGAGUGCAAGAGGAAAACUCGUGGAGCAUGACAAGGUGAUUGGUUCUUUAAAAGAUGAAAAUUCAAUUGAGUGGAAAUUUAAAAGACUAGAAAUAGAAGGGAGUGCAACCAAGAUUCGAUUCCCACUUGUUCAAGGAUCAGAUAAAGAGGAAGAUGAAGAGAGCAGGAGGCAGCGUGGGAAAGGGAAUGUAGAGAGGUGGCUCCAGAUAUUGUUAGAGAACACUCAAGAAGAGAUGGAUUCUGAAAAGAUACAUGGAAAUGAAAUCACGAAAGAGUGGAAGUCACAACACGAAAAAGCAAUGAAAUGGCAGCCCCAAGCGCACAAAAAAUUGAAUCUUCCUCACUGCCUCAAGUGCAGCCCCAAGCGCACAAAAAGCUAGACCUUCUCACUGAAUCGAUUCGAAGACAAUGGUAAAGAAUUAGUCAAAAGGACCCCGAACAAUUAACUCUUCUUUGCAUCUCUCAAGCACCCAUAAUUAAUCAAAAUUUAAAGUAAAU